ACCAGUCAGGUUACAUACUGUAAUUCAUCUCAAGGCGUCCACUUGAAAUUUAUAAUAGGGCUAAUAGCGAUAAUACAUUAAUAAUAAUUCCGCAGAGCGCGCCAACAGGUGGAUGAGCACACGCGUGCACGCGGAGGAGACACGCACCUGGAGUGGUGUGUGUGUGUGUGUCCAGGCGGACUGCGGAGGGCAUCCUCAUCAUCAUCUUCAUCAUCAUGCUGUGCAUUUAGCGCUGCUCCAGCAAAGUAACACCGCGCGGGAGUCGUGCUCGAGUCCGUCCUGCAUGAGCUCUGCUUUGGGAUGAGGAUGAGGAGAGAAGCGUGCACGCCAGGGUGCGCACUCAACUGAGGGAUGCCACAUUAGACGUGAGGAUAUUUCUCCUCCCAAUAAAACCAGCAUUUUCCUGCACGAAGUUCUGAUGUUCAACAUCUGCAAGGGCGACGCCCUGCGGCCCGGCAGCGUCUGUUAGCAUCUGUUAGCAGGUGUUAACAGCGGGGGAGGCCCGGGGUGAUGUCACAGCUGUACUACCGGCGCUCAGACAGCUCGUCAUACCGGGACCGCAUCCCGCUGAGAAUCGUCCGGGCCGAGUCUGAGCUGUCUGCGCUGGAGAAGGCGUACCUGGGCGCCGUGGAGAAGGGAGACUAUGCCAGCGUCAAGCAGGCCCUGCAGGAGGCGGAGAUCUACUUCAAGAUCAACAUCAACUGCAUCGACCCGCUGGGCCGCACGGCACUGCUCAUUGCCAUCGAGAAUGAGAACCUGGAGAUCAUCGAGCUGCUGCUCGGCUUCAACGUGUAUGUCGGUGACGCCCUGCUGCAUGCCAUCCGCAAGGAGGUGGUGGGUGCUGUGGAGCUGUUGCUCAACCACAAGAAGCCCAGCGGCGGUAUGCAGGUUCCCCCCAUCUUACUGGACAAGCAGUUCUCCGACUUCACCCCCGACAUCACACCCAUCAUCCUGGCGGCGCACACCAACAACUACGAAAUCAUCAAGCUUCUGGUGCAGAAAGGCGUGUCCAUGCCGCAGCCGCACGAGGUGCGCUGCAACUGUGUUGAGUGUGUGUCAAGUUCCGACGUCGACAGUCUGCGACACUCGCGUUCUCGCCUCAAUAUCUACAAGGCGCUAUCCAGCCCUUCGCUCAUUGCCCUCUCCAGCGAGGACCCCUUCCUCACGGCCUUCAGGCUCAGCUGGGAGCUGCAGGAGCUCAGCAAGGUGGAGAACGAGUUCAAAUCAGAGUAUGAGGAGCUGUCUCAGCAGUGUAAGCAGUUUGCCAAAGACCUCCUAGAUCAGACCAGAAGUUCCCGAGAGCUGGAGAUGAUCCUCAACUACAGAGAUGACGUCAAUCUGCUGGAGGAGGAGGGCAACGGCGACCUGGCAAGGCUCAAAUUAGCCAUCAAGUACCACCAAAAAGAGUUUGUAGCCCAGCCAAACUGCCAGCAGCUUCUGGCGUCACGCUGGUACGAUGAGUUCCCCGGCUGGAGGCGGCGCCACUGGGCGGGCAAGUUCAUCACCUGUGUCUUCAUUGGCCUCCUCUACCCGGCGUUCGCCGUCUGCUACCUCAUCGCCCCCAAGAGUCGCUACGGGCUCUUCAUCCGCAAGCCCUUCAUCAAGUUCAUCUGCCACACGGCGUCCUACCUGACCUUCCUCUUCCUGCUGCUGCUCGCCUCGCAGCACAUCGUCACCACCGAGCAGGACCGUCAGGGGCCGGCGCCCACCACUGUGGAGUGGAUGAUCCUGCCCUGGGUGCUGGGUUUCAUCUGGGCUGAGAUCAAGCAAAUGUGGGAUGGAGGUUUCCAAGACUACGUCCAUGACUGGUGGAACCUGAUGGACUUUGUCAUGAACUCUCUGUACCUGGCCACCAUCUCGCUCAAGAUUGUCGCCUACACCAAGUACAGUGGCAGUAAACCCAGGAACCAGUGGGAGAUGUGGCACCCGACACUCGUAGCGGAGGCCGUCUUUGCCAUUGCGAACAUCUUCAGCUCCCUUCGUCUCAUUUCACUCUUCACCGCCAACUCCCACCUGGGACCCCUGCAGAUCUCUCUGGGAAGGAUGCUGCUGGACAUCCUCAAGUUUCUCUUCAUCUACUGCCUGGUCCUGUUGGCCUUUGCUAACGGCCUGAACCAGCUCUACUUCUACUACGAGACCAAAGCCUCCAACGAGAGGGGCAAGUGUAAGGGCAUCCGAUGCGUGGAGCAGAAUAACGCCUUCUCCACGUUGUUUGAGACCUUGCAGUCUCUCUUCUGGUCCAUCUUCGGUCUGAUCAGCCUCUAUGUCACCAACGUGGACGCAGACCACCAGUUCACAGAAUUCGUGGGGGCCACCAUGUUUGGCACGUACAACAUAAUCUCCCUGGUGGUGCUACUUAACAUGCUCAUCGCCAUGAUGAACAACUCCUACCAGCACAUUGCGGAUCACGCUGACAUUGAGUGGAAGUUUGCCAGAACAAAGUUGUGGAUGAGCUACUUUGAGGAGGGGGCCACCCUGCCGCCUCCCUUCAACAUCAUUCCCAGUCCGAAGACCUUCUGGUACCUCAUGUGCUGGAUCAGGACACAAGUUUGUCACAGGAGCAGCUCCACCAGACACGACACCAUUGGGACACUCGGAAGGCGAGCUGCAGAGAACCUGAGAAUAAACCAUCAGUACCAGGAGGUGCUGAGGAACCUGGUGAAGCGCUACGUGGCCGCCAUGAUCAGAGACGCCAAGACGGAGGAAGGCCUGACUGAAGAUAAUUUCAAGGAACUGAAGCAAGACAUCUCCAGUUUCCGUUACGAGGUGAUGGGCAUGAUGAAGACGGGGAGGCCGGCACUGCAGAGCGAGCGCAAGACCACCAGCAGCAGUAGUGGCGGUGGUCCACUGGAGUCCGCCCUGGCUUACCCCAACGCCUCGCUGAAGGUGGCCUCCUGCGCUGCUAGCACUCACACUAAGAGCAACCGCUUCAAGAUCACCGCCUCCAUCCUCAAACGGACGGGUUCUGCAGCCUCGCCCAGACCACCUGAAGCCUCCAACGGCCUGCCCAACGGCAUCCUACCCUUAGCUGGUGACGUCGCCUCAAGUCAGCGGACCAACUUCCGCAAAGACAUGAACGACUUUGGUUUGUUCCACAAACACCACCGGGUCGCCUACGAGGCCACGCCCGGCGCAGGAGAACUCUCCAGGAACAUGUAUUCCUUAUCAGAGGAGGCGGAGUCAGACGAGCAGGACGAACAGGGUACAAGGAGUCCUCCACUGGUGGAAGACGAGGCCUCAGUGAGGGACAAAGAACCAAAAAGUGGCAGUAGCUUACUGGAUCAUGAGGAGCAGGAGGAGGAGAGCGUUCCCUCAAAGGGAGCAGCCUGCACAUGAGAAAGUGAAAGCACGUUUCCACCAAGCGGGCCAGCUCUGUUGACCGUUAGGAAGUGAAAAUCCUGAUGGAAUAGCACAGUGACAUCAUAGCGUGGACACAUAGUGUAAGGACACAAUCAAAGACCUCCACCAGGGUUGAAGCGAUCUGAGCCCGUUUGUUUGUCCGUCAGCACGCAUGUGACUAAUGAAGACAACCACUUUUCAUUAUAGGGCGGAGUGAACGUUCCAUCGGGUCUAAAACAUGGAUGAUUUGUCCACUUCCUGGUUCACGGAGGAUGAUGUAGGACAGGGGUGUCCAGAGUGCGACUUGGGUGGCAGCUCGUUUUUUAAUACCCCUUGGCAUAUUGGGAAAAUAAAUGAACUGAUUAUUAAUGGGAUAUAUUACAUUUUUAUUAUGACACUAAUUUGCUUUGUCAGCUGGAACUAGGGUCGGGCAUCGAGUCUCCAGCAUCAAUGAAAACCGGGACUCAGCAUUCCGAUUCUCUCGGGAUCAUUCAAAUUUUUUAUUUUCGAGUCGUAGUUUCGACUGGAAGAAAUAGCAAAACCACAAACACCAACGAAGAAGAAGCAGCAACAAAGUUUUAAAAAAAUAUCAUGCAAUGGAGGGUGACAUGAUUAAACACCUCCAGAUUGCUGGUGUAGAAAGUAACUUUCCCCCGUCUUUGAUGCGCUAGGUCGGACUUCCUCGAGGCAGUAAGAAUCACGGAGGUCAAACAAUAAAUGUCGUCUGUUUCAUGAAAAUGUAACCGAGGGUUUCAGGAUGCCCACUGAUGUAAAUAAAGCACAGGAACUAUGGCUGCAGGAUGCAAGUUUAUUCAUGUUAAUUCAGUUUAGUCACGUCAAGAGACCUUCUCAACCCACACAACACACUUCCGGCCUUCAAAAUAAGAGCGCUGUGCACUACCUCCUGUUUACUUGGCUAACAAAAUAAGGGUGUUAUAAAAAUAGCUUCCACCAACAUUGAGGCAGCAAAGUAUAACAGUGCUAAUAUGGUGGCACAGAGACCAAACUUUACACGUUGUUUGAUAGUCCGCACCCAAGUCAGUGCAUGUUUAAGUGCUUGCAGCAUCACACACUCGCUAACACAUACACAACAGUAUGUGUGGAAAUGUUUUUUCAUGAGCUUUUCACAAGUAAACAUCUUUUGUGAAAGUGUGCUUUUGUGGAAAUAGAUCUGUGAUCAAUUCAUAGUAAAGUAGAUGAAAAAAAAAUUCAUGAUUACAAAAUUCAUGGGGAACUUCAGGCAUUUCACCCAAAAGGAACUCUGGUUCAUGAAAAGAGGACCUCUUUCUUCUCGUGGCAGGAAGAUGAUCAGCUUUGGUUUUUGUCAUCAGAAAAUAACCAUUUUCUGUCCACCAAUCAACACACUGCACUGUGUUGAGCUCCGCCUCUUUAGCUACCCCAAAAGAAGGGUCCUAAAAGGUGGUAUAGAGCAGUAUUUUGGUAGCUUCACAACUUUUUGGAAACUUGCGCUUGGUGGAAACGGACGUAAAAAAAAAAAAAAAGAAGCGAUGAUCCACUUUGAGACUCAGGGAGGCGUUUGAAUGUUGUCACGCUAGCAGAUUUAGCGACAAGGUGAGCAAAGCAUUGUGGGGAUUUUAGCUCUUUCUUUUUUCCGAAAUCCAUGGUUAAAGUAGCCUCUCGCUACCUCAUUCCCGUCCUUCCUGUCCUCCGCGUGUGGUCUCAGCAGAGCAGUAGCGGCAUUGAUUGUGUUUGAGACUUUUAGGCUGCCUUGUUCGUCUCCUUGUGCACUUUGUUACACUUUACUCACCUCUCCCAUCGCUUUCUAUGCAAGAAGAAAUCCUCAUCAUUGUCACAUUACGCUAACAGCAGAGGACCGACGAUUAUUUGUUGUUAUUAUUAGUAUUAUUUAUCCUCACGUAGAAUGUUGCUGAUUUUAAACGCCUUGCGAGUUGGUUUUGAAUGAGGUCCUCCGGAUGAAAAGUGGUGAAAAUGAAACCUGAAAACAGUUGGUGUUAUGACAGCAAACCUGUGUUGUCAAAAACAACAAUCACACAAAAAAUAAAAGCUGUUUGUGACAAUGCUUUGUGUGUGUGUGUGUGUGUGUGUGUGUGUGUGUGUGUGUGCACUGUGCUUGCAUUUUAUUCACAAUGAGAAAUGUGAAAGUACAUUUUAAAGCAUUUUUCCCAAAGGUAAUGUACAGGCAAAGUUUUCAGCCGUAAGAAGCCACAUCUGUCAUGAUCCGUGUGUUGCAGCACGCUGCUGAGCCGCUUGGGAAGAGCUACCUGACACACCAGGUUGCAAUUAUUAUCUGGCCCUUCCUAAGCUGCAGCGCAAUCCGUCGCGGAAACGCAACCUACGCAUGCGCGAGACCUACGUCACUUCCUCCUGUAGUAGAUUUUUACCACAGCGUACAAAUGGUCAAAAACCAUACUUCAUAUUUGUAAUAUGUCGGGGGGUUGUUUUAUUAGUGAUUAUUAUUAAAAGAGUUCUAGCAUGUGGAUGUUUCUACCGUCGUAUGACCUCCACGUCAGAAGUUACGCAAUACACGUAGCGCAGACAUAAAUGCUAAGUAUGACAAACGUAAAUAAACAGAAUAAAAGACAUCAAUUGUAGUUAUAUUUGAUUGUAAACAGCCAAUAGCAGAGUGCAUUGAUGGAUUCAUGUAGAGCAGUGGUCCCCAACCUUUUUUGACCCACGGACCGGCUUGUGUUCCCACAAAUAUCCCGCGGACCGGUGUGGGGAGGGGUUCGUACAUUUAUAGCGAUCUAAUUUAACUUAUUUAUUAUGUAUUGUGUAAAACUAAGACAUGAAUAACAUCAAAUUAAAAGCACAAAAUGAAUGCCGACCCACCAUCCACCAGUUCAAGUUCCAGCCAAGUUUUUCCAGAGAGAUUAUUACAUGGCUGUUUGACGUGUGUGGUAAAAGGCAGUGUGCUAGCAUGAAUUCACUUGAGACAAAUGUGCACAUUAGCACUCAAUAAGUCAUCAAAACUUACCUUUAUGCAUUCCCACAUCGUAUCAGCAUUUGACACCAAAUAUGAGGUGAAAGAAAAAUGGUAAAAAUACAGUAGUAGUCUAUCUGUGCGGCAUGAGAUAAAGUUAGCACACGCACAAUGGACAUGUGUCAAGUGAGACAGACGUAACAAAGAGGAUCCAGCCACUUUUCAAAAUAAAACAUAAAAAAACAAAAUAAUGGAAAACAUUGUAUUUUUUCAAAAAAUACUUAAUAUGUAACCACGAAAAGAGGGCUUAUAAAUGAUCCACGUGCACCAUGGAUAUGAUAUCAGAAAAACAAAGAUUGAUUAUGUUGUACUUUUGAAAAUCCUAAUAAUGUUUUUGGGGGUGUGUGGUGGGGAUGAUGUAUAUUGCUGCCGUUAAAUAGAUCGACGGAUGGCGUACAUUACAUAUGACUAACAUGUGACUGCCGAAAAAUUGGCCGACCGGAUGUAGACGCAUUGAACCGAUUGCGUUUCCGGGACGGACCGCGCAGUGACAAGCUGAACUGUGGACUGCACUGGUUGCCAGAUAGUUCCCAGCUCUUCUCCUGCUACUCGCGCCUCCCAGCUUUGUGUUCGCUCAGUGUUUGCUACUUUCUGGUCAUUUACCUGUAUUUGUAAGUACCUGUUUUUUCCCUGCUUGGCUUUCUUUCAGCAGUGGUCUUUUGCUCGUGUUGGCUACCCGUUCCUGCUUGGUUUUCAGCAGUGUUUUUCGUUGUUACUUUUUCUCCUGCUUGGUUUUCAGCAGCGCCUUAUGUUACUUCUUUUUCUCUGCUUCUUUCUCAGCAGCACUUUUCGGUUCGUCAGUCUUCCCUGCUUGUUUGCCGUGUAUAGCAGCGCUGUUUUUGUUACAGUUAGUUUUCCCCGUGAUUAGGCCCGGGUGAUUUAUGUUUGUUUAUUUAUGUAUUUUUUUGUGUUACUUGUCUUUUUGCUACCUUGUGGACAAUAUUUGUUAAUAAAUUUUGUUACACGUACUGCCUCGUCUCUGCAAUUGAGACUCAGUAUUUUUGGCAACAACAUCAUUUGUACUUAAAGUAAAAAUUCAUGUCAAAUAUGUGUGAUGUUGCACAUAUGUUACAUUCUUCAUGCUAAAUCAUAAAAAUAACACUUUUGUUGUGCUUAGUACCACAAAUGUACUCAAAUGAAUCAAAGCAAAUAACAUGUAUUCAUUGAAACUCAUUAAAACAGUGACGUUUCUUGAGUGUCUUAUUAACAUUUUUGCUCUUGUGACAAAUACGCCACGUCAGCCUUCCCGUAGCAAUUUUAAGGCUAAACGUCUGAUAGCGAUAUUUUCCUAGCUUGUUUUAUGUGAAUUCAUUGAAGAACUAUAGCAAGAAGAGUGAAUUGUAAUAUUCAACACCCUAUUAAAGCAUUAAAAUUGGUAAAUGGCUUUAAAAUGAGCUUUAAUGGGAAAAUAUACGCUUUUGGAAGUGAGCUAGCUUACCUGACUGCCAUUUUGGGGAAGCCAUACCGGGAUAGUCACAUGACUGUCACAUGACAACCACUCCAAAAUGUUU